CAAUGUGGUGGGAGCCUGAGAGGAGAAGGAGGAGGAGGCCGAGGCCUCUGCCAGAUAGAUGGGUACACUGGGCCCAGGGCGUCACAUUUCAGACUGGAGGGGCCCUUGUGUGUUGUAAGAUGUGACACGGCUCGGUGAUAUGGAGACUGCCAGAAUAGACAACCUGUGCAUUCUAUACCAGAGCUCAGAUUUCUUGGUAGUGAACAAGCACUGGGAUAUUCGCAUUGAUAGUAAGAUGUGGUAUGAGAACCUAACUGUCCAGUCUCAAUUGAAGCACUGGUUUCCUGAGCUUGUUGACCCAGAUACUUACUAUGGCUUUAGAUUUUGCCAUCAGCUUGACUUUUCCACCAGUGGAGCACUGUGUAUUGCUUUCAGUAAGCUAGCAGCUGCCAAGGCCUAUCGGUGUUUCAGAGACCGUCUGGUUACCAAGGUUUACCUGGCUCUGGUUGUCAAAACCCUAAACCAUCUCAGACAGAGAUGGUUGUCCUGGCAAGAGGUUUUUACAGUGGAGAUCCAGUUACUAAAGUACUCCUGCAGCCUUUAACAGGCCGCACACACCAACUGAGGGUCCACUGCUUGGCUGUGGGCCAUCCCAUAGUUGGCGACUUCACCUACAGUUUGAAGACUGACAGUAACCCUUAUCGCAUGAUGCUACAUGCGUAUUAUCUG